AUGUCUGCAGCACAGCGACAAGCCAACCAGGGCUCUGACUGGAUGUCGGUCGCCCAAACGGUUGGUAUCUUCAUGUUUGUCAACUUUGCUAUCAAGCAAGUUACCGGUGGUGUCCAACAACAAAAGCAAGCCGAAAAUGCUCCUGUUCCUACUGUCGCCGCUGGCACUGGCCAACAAGCAUCUGCCUCGUAUAGCGCCAUUCCCAACAUGAUCAUGCCUCUUUGGCAGCAAGACACCUCCAUGGACAUCAACAUGUAUGUCUCGCCUUCGUUCGUAAUGCCUGCCCUCAGCCAUAUGCCCGCCGAAUCUCUGGUCCUCCAGGAGCGUAACUUCCAUUAUGGCGACUGGUCCGACAAGCGUCAGGUACAUACUACCAUCAACAUUCCUCAGUCGGUGCAAGAGAACGGAACACUCUGGGCCCAUAUCUACAUCUCUCAGUCGGGAAGUGUUAUGGAUCCCACUCAGCCUGGCUAUGAUUCUCUCAAGGCUUACCGCGUUACUCGACCCCUGACAAACUACUUGGCUAAGAAGAAGGUCCGCAAGACUCGCAACCUGCUUGACUCUUCCGAGACCGAAGAAGAAGCUGAGGAUGAGCCUUCGGGUCCCGUCAUCUCAAACUUCUACCACCCCAACUUCACUCUGUCCAUUAUUCCCAAUGUUGGAACUCCUGUCUACGCCCAGAUGCACCCAGCAAUGCGCCAAUUCGUAUCACUAGAAGCAACCGGUGCUCGUGAUGAAUCUGGUCAGAACGGCUGGUACUAUCCCGUCCUCUAUCUUAACACCUUCUGGCAGCUUCGUUCUCAGAUGACCGAGCUCAACUCGACCGUCAAGGAGAUGCCCCUCAACCUCGACUUGCAGACCGACCCCAACUGGAAAUUCAGCGUCAUGGCAAGCAUGGACGAAGGUAUGAAGGAAAAUGCCAGAAAGAUUGCUCGUGGAGAGACUACUCCUGGCGGUGGUGAUGGCAGUGAACUCGAGAUGAUCAAGGAGGUACUUCUCGAUACUAACAUGUACUUGCUUGGCAUCACUGGUUUCGUCAGUGUUCUGCACAUGAUCUUCGAAAUGCUGGCUUUCAAGAACGAUGUCAUGCUAAUCGUACCCUCCGACAGGNUCCAGCAUUUCAGANAAAAGAAAGAUAACAUUGGAACCUCGGUUCGCACCAUUCUCGCCAAUGUCUUCAUGCAGAGCGUCAUCUUCCUCUAUCUGAUGGAUAACAACGAAAACACUUCCUGGAUGAUCUUGUUCGGUCAAGGUAUGGGCAUUGCUAUUGAGGCUUGGAAGGUCACCAAGGCUGUCGACGUCCGUGUUCGUGCUGCUCCUGCAGGCUCUCUGAUCCCCUACCGCGUUGUUUUCGAGGACAAGCACAAGCUCUCUGAGACUGAGAAGAAGACUCAAGAGUACGAUGAGAUCGCUUUCCGCUACGUGUACAUCAUCGCAGUCCCGCUUCUACUCGCCUAUGCCGGAUACUCGCUUGUGUACGAGACUCACAAGAGUUGGUACAGCUUCAUUCUUGCCACCCUAGUCGGCUCUGUCUACGCAUAUGGUUUCCUCAUGAUGGUGCCCAGCUUGUACAUCAACUACCGCCUGAAGAGUGUUGCGCACAUGCCUGCAAAAGCAAUGACCUACAAGUUCCUUAACACCUUCAUCGAUGAUCUGUUCGCCUUCACCAUCAAGAUGCCUACACUUCAUCGCUUGGCAACCCUGCGCGACGAUGUCAUCUUCUUUGUCUACCUCUACCAGGCUUGGGCAUACAAGGUCGACCACACCCGUGUCAAUGAAUUCGGCCAGGGCGGUGAUGAUGAGGAAGUUGAAGAGAAGAAGGUAAAUCAGCCCUUGAAGUCUGCACCUGAAGAGGAUGCGACUCCUGUCAAGACUGAGGCAUCGAGCUCUGGUUCCCAGAGCAAGGCUGGUGCCUCCAGAAAGAGAAAGUAG